AGUUUGGAAGGACACCAGCCGGCCAAGGAGGCACCCCAGCGCCAAGGGCAGGCCGAGCAGACCGCCUCCUCCGGCCGCAGCGGCAGGAUCAAACUCUCGGCCCGGCAGCUCGAGAGAUCCGCGUGCCGACCGUGUCCGCAGAGGCUUACUGACCGGAAAUACUUGUUUACCGCCUAUCGAGCAGAUCAGCUUGGAUGAUGCCCCUCUGAGAAAUACAUCGAGGGACAGCUGAUUUUGACUCAAAAAUACUUUAAACAUGUCGUGCACUCAGAUAGACAAUGGCUGUUCAAACUUGGCAGAAGCUACGAAAACAGACCUGAGAACCAAGGAGAAGAAAUGCUCAUGGGCCUCCUAUAUGACAAAUUCUCCAACGGUGAUCGUAAUGAUCGGCCUGCCUGCAAGAGGGAAGACCUACAUGUCAAAGAAACUCACACGUUACCUCAACUGGAUCGGGGUCCCAACCAAAGUGUUUAACUUGGGCGUGUACCGCAGAGAGGCUGUCAGAGCCUAUAAGUCCUAUGAUUUCUUCCGCCAUGACAAUGAGGAUGCCAUGAGAAUAAGGAAGCAGUGUGCUCUGGUAGCUCUGAAGGAUGUGAAGAAGUACCUGUCGGUGGAGGGAGGGCAGAUCGCAGUGUUCGAUGCAACAAACACAACAAGAGAAAGACGAGACCUCAUUCUAUCUUUUGUGAAAGAGAAUGCUUAUAAGGUGUUCUUUGUGGAGUCGGUGUGUGACGACCCAGAGGUCAUUGCUGCUAAUAUUCUGGAAGUGAAAGUGUCCAGUCCAGACUACCCAGAGAGACACAGAGAGAGGGUGAUGGAUGAUUUCCUCAAAAGAAUCGAAUGCUACAAGGUUACUUACCAACCAAUAGAUCCUGACGAUUAUGACAAGGACCUAUCUUUCAUCAAGGUGAUAAACGUGGGCCGGCGUUUCCUGGUGAACCGAGUGCAGGACUACAUCCAGAGUAAGAUAGUGUACUACCUCAUGAACAUCCAAGUGCACUCUCACUCCAUCUACCUGUGUCGGCACGGAGAGAGCGACCACAACGUCGAAGGCCGAAUCGGAGGAGACUCGGAGCUUUCUCCUCGAGGGAAACAGUUUUCCCAUGCCCUACGAGAUUUCAUUGAAGAGCAUGAGCUGUCAGAUUUGAAGGUGUGGACGAGUCAGCUGAGAAGAACCAUCCAGACAGCCGAGGAGCUGUGUGUCCCUUACGAACAGUGGAAGAUACUCAAUGAGAUCGAUGCUGGUGUGUGUGAGGAGAUGACCUAUGAGAUGAUCGAGAACACAUUCCCAGAGGAGUUUGCACUGAGGGACCAGGACAAGUACCACUAUCGCUACCCAGGAGGAGAGUCCUACCAAGACCUGGUUCAGCGCUUGGAGCCGGUCAUCAUGGAGCUGGAGAGGCAGGGCAACGUGUUGGUCAUCUGCCAUCAGGCUGUGAUGCGCUGCCUGCUGGCUUACUUCCUGGACAAGAGUGCAGAAGAUCUACCAUAUAUGAAAUGUCCACUCCACACGAUACUCAAGCUAACCCCUGUUGCAUACGGUUGCAAGGUGGAAAUGUUUUAUCUCAAUGUGGAGGCAGUGAACACGCAUCGAGACCGGUCUCUUGAUAAAUCUGCGAUGGACUCUGCUCUCACACUCCGGCGGAAUAGUUACACUCCCUUGUCCAGUCACGACCAGUUCAAGCGUCCUAGGCUCUACAGCGCGGGCAACCAGCCCUGGCUCCCGCUCGCCCCCACCCCCGCAGCACUGAUGCCAGAGGGACGGCAAAGCCAAGUUAGUGCCAGAGUUACAGCCCCCCCCCAGCCCCCUUCUAAACCAGUCAACUGUAUUCGGUCACCUCCCUUCACAGUUUGCCAUCCCCUCGCCUCAGUGUUGGAUCCUCUCGAUGAGUUAGUGUCUGUGUUGAAAAUACAUACAUCCUUGGAAUCCAUCUCUCUUUCUAUGUUUCUCUCUCAGGGCAUGUUUUGGAUCUUGAAUGGGUUGCUGCCUUCUUUUUAUGUUGUCUGUUUACCAAAAUGCAUGACCUAUGCUUCACUACUGGGCUGCUUGAAUAUGCAGAACAGCAUGCCAAUUUGUUUUGAGCUAGCCAAUAUGGGAUUCAAAAGACACACAAACAUCAAAGACAUCUUAUACUGUAUUUUUUUACACAGCUUUGGUUAUGCAUACAUUCCCUUAAAUGCAUUACGAAAUGUAUCCAAUUUGAGUGCAAUUAGGCAAAAAAAAAUACACAAAUGAAAGAUUUUAAUCAUUCAAAUUUGAAAAAGCAUAGAAUUAUAUUUGUACGUGUUGUGUAUUUGUUGGCCUUGCCUUGUGUGUUCAGUCCAUCUCUACAUCUAUCUGUUUCUAUCUCCACUUCCUCUAAACCUGUCUUACAGCCUCGAAUAGGAUGCGGUUGUCUGUGAGUAUUUCGUAGUUUAUCUAGCCAGCCCUUUAUUUAGCCCUUUUCUUUCCCACAAUUCAGCUCAUGUCAUUUGUAACCCAUGUCAUACGUUGUCACAGUGGUGUAUUUAAAUAGUUUUCAAUCUUUGGGCUUCUCUAACCUUCCAUCACCUUUAAUAAGACGAAAGCUGCUGUCCCAUUUGUUUCAUCUCAGUGGCAUUAUCAGUCACUGACUUGCUCUUCAACUUCAGUAAAACUCUUUGAUAAUAGUAAUUAUUAGCCACCUAGAUAUAGUUCAAAAUGAAACAAAAUUGAGAACAUCUUAACAUAUUUAGUUAUUUAUUUCCUUCGUAUUGUAUUUAAUUAAGUGUACUAGAUUCAUAGAGCGAGAUUGUGAUUAGUUAUUAAUCUCUUUUUGAUAAUUUGCCUGAAAGAGCCUCCUCUAAUGUGAUUGUUUUACCACACUUCACUUAAUGACCUAAUUUCUCAUAUAAGAACUUAAGACUCCUGGGGCCCCUGGGAAAAUGUUUUCCUCUAAAAUAGCAUUUGCUGCUGUAAGUCAUUAAUUUGUAAAUGUCCGUGACAUUUCCUUUCUCUCGAAGGAGUCCCUGUGCGAAGGAAGUGACGCUGACAGCGACGCUGACAGCCCCGAAGAAACGAGUGGCUGUGUCCGCUUCUGAGUUAAGAUGAAGGUCUCUUCCUUCAAUGUGUCAAAGUUCUGGGUUCAAUCAUGUUAGAAAGAUGAUAUUAUUUUUUUUAAACCAUAUUCUUUGAAAUGUUGGUCUGAUUAUGAGGUAAUUUGUUGGUCCUAAAUCUCUCUGUUUAACUUCACUCUGCAUGCUGAGGCUUCAAACUGGAAGACUUUUCAUGGGUAUCAAACACUACUGCAUGCGCACAACAAUCAAGCAACCAAGAAUAAACAGGUUAACUUAUCCUCUAUGUAAAUAUUAUAAUACCUCCCUCAACUUUAACUUGUGCGUUGAAAACCAUUUUUAGGUCAUUUCAAAUAGAACUUGUUAUACAGAAGAUGUUGUAGGAAUUAUUUUAUAAGAUACAAAUAUUCUCAUUUAGCAAACAUACUGUAAUUGUAAGUCUUAUAUUCAUGUUUCUAACAUCACAUGUUAUGUGAUGUUAUUGUUAUUUGGUUUUUAUUUGUGCUUUUGUCGUUUUGAAGGAAAUUAAAAUACUGUAUUGAGUUGGUUUCUUCUGUUUUGGAAGCCUUGUAUAUCUUUUUGGUCUUGUUAGAAAUACCCCAUUGGGAAAACUGUGUUCUAGCAGCAGUUAAAGAAGCUUAGUUUUCUGUCAUAGGCUACUUGUAAUGAGAUGGUUUGCUCUAUCACAAUUGAAACCCUAAAUGUUCAUCUGUUUAUGGUUUUUCUUGACUUUAUAUCCAAGCAUGUUGAUGGCUUAUUGGCUAUAUCUUUACAUCAUUUUAUCAUACUUGCCAUACAUUUCUUUUAAUUGCUUGUGUAAUGUAAUUUGACUCUUUACUUAAUUCUCUUGGCAUAUUCAAAACACAAAAUCCUCUCAUCAUACUUAAUCCUAGACAGUAGCACAAGUUAUAUUCUACGACUUUGUAAUGUUUGAAUGUUGAUAUGUAUUCGCUCAUAGCAGCCUACUGUGCCUUUCACGCAGAAAAUAAAAGUGAAUUCUCA